AUGGCUCCCAAGGUUGCUAUCGUCUUCUACUCGAUGUACGGCCACAUCCAGAAGCUGGCCGAGGCUGAAAAGAAGGGCAUUGAGGCCGCCGGCGGCCAGGCCGACGUCUUCCAGAUCGCCGAGACUCUCUCCGAUGAGGUUCUGGCCAAGAUGCACGCCCCGGCCAAGUCUUCCUACCCCAUUGCUAAGCCCAACGACCUCCUGGAGUACGAUGCCAUCCUCUUUGGUAUCCCCACUCGUUACGGUAACUUCCCCGCUCAGUGGAAGACUUUCUGGGACCAGACCGGCUCCAUCUGGGCCACCGGUGGCUACUAUGGCAAGUACGCCGGUCUCUUCAUCUCCACCGGUACCCCCGGUGGUGGUCAGGAGUCCACUGCUCUGUCCUCCAUGAGCACCCUUACCCACCACGGCUUCGUUUACGUCCCUCUGGGCUACAAGAAUGCCUUCAGCCUCUUGGCCAACCUCGAUGAGGUUCACGGUGGUAGCCCCUGGGGUGCAGGCUCCUUCGCCGGCCCCGACGGUUCUCGCCAGCCCACCGCCCUCGAAAUUCAGAUGGCCGAGAUCCAGGGCAAGAGCUUCUACGAGAUCGUCUCCAGGAGCAGCCAGUGA